CAAAAACAACACAGCUCAACGCUCAGUCCAGUGUCCACCCCCUCAUUCGGCAUUUACAAAGCUCCCCAACACCAACUCUCCAACAAACCAAGACUUCGAUUUCAUCGAAACCCACACACAAAAACAGACACUCACAUUUCAUAUAAACACACAACCAAAACCUUGCUCUUCUCUUCCAGAACACUGCAGCAGAGGUCAAAGAGUUUGUUUCAGUUUCUGGUGAUUUGUAUCUAAGAUGGCCACGACUACAACUCCUGGAUCCCACAUGGCAGCAGUUAAUCCUUCCAUAUCCUCCUCUCGAAGAACUUAUACUUCAGGCACAGCAAAUUUUGGUACAAACAGUGAAGUGGGAGUUUGGAGAAGGCUUAAAAGUUCUUCUCACAUCUCAGCAACGCAGCCAUUCUUCCAGAGCUUCAAAUCAGGGCCUACGAAAUCUGUAAAGGCUGUCACCAGAGCAAUGUCAGGAGCAGCUGAGAACAGUCCGUUGCCAGGAUUGCCUAUUGAUUUGAGAGGAAAGAGAGCAUUCAUUGCUGGAGUGGCUGAUGAUCAUGGAUAUGGAUGGGCAAUAGCAAAAUCUCUUGCUGCUGCUGGGGCUGAAAUUCUAGUUGGUACUUGGGUGCCGGCACUUAACAUUUUCGAAUCCAGUUUAAGGCGUGGGAAGUUUGAUGAGUCGCGCAAAUUGCCAGAUGGCUCUUUAAUGGAAAUUACCAAGGUUUACCCAUUGGACGCGGUUUAUGACAAUCCUGAGGAUGUCCCUGAAGAUGUAAAAUCCAACAAGCGCUACUUGGGGUCCUCUAAUUGGACUGUGAAGGAGGUUGUUGAAUCUGUAAAACAGGAUUUUGGCAGCAUUGAUAUCCUUGUCCACUCACUUGCUAAUGGACCAGAGGUUACUAAACCUCUUUUGGAGACAUCAAGAUAUGGGUAUCUUGCAGCAAUCUCUGCAUCGAGUUACUCAUAUGUUUCUUUACUCAAGCACUUUGCUCCAAUAAUUAACCCAGGUGGUGCUUCAAUCUCUCUAACGUACAUUGCGUCAGAAAGGAUCAUUCCGGGGUAUGGUGGAGGCAUGAGUUCAGCGAAGGCUGCUCUAGAGAGUGACACACGCGUGCUGGCCUUCGAAGCUGGAAGAAAACACAACGUUAGAGUCAACACAAUAUCUGCUGGACCAUUAAGAAGUCGUGCGGCAAAAGCAAUUGGGUUCAUUGAUAUGAUGAUUGAUUACUCAUCGGAAAAUGCACCCUUGCAGAAAGAAUUAUCUGCUGAGGAAGUGGGGAAUGCUGCUGCCUUCCUGUCAUCACCAUUGGCAUCAGCUAUCACCGGUACUGUUCUAUACGUCGACAAUGGUCUAAAUGCAAUGGGAGUGGGAGUUGACAGCCCAGUUUUUGAAAACCUUGAUAUUCCAAAAGCAGCAAAGUAGCGCUGUGCUAAUGCUAUAGCAGUCAAAAAACAACACGGGUCUUAUUCAUGCUUUCUAUUGAAGAAAUGAGGGUAGGUCUUUUUAGUUGGAAUCCAUUUUUGCUAUUGACAUUAUCAUGUAUGCUGUGUCCAACAUAACAUUGUAAUUGGUGUAAUUGUUAUUCAAGACCAAAAUGAAGGGUGCAAUGAAAUUUCCACCAAGACUUUUUAUUAACA